AAGUUUUUUCUGUAUUCCAUUUCAUAUCCUGACAAGAAGAGUGUCUUUAUCUAGAGAAAAAUUCUUUGGGAAAUCUCAGAUAUGUUUGCCCGAUUGUAUUCAGAGAAGACUAAAGAUGGAGGUCGAAACAUGUCCUGCAUUCGCCAGCACUUGAACCAGAUAUCUCAGUUCCUGAUUGACGAUCUUGCACAUCAUGAUUUCAAGCACGCGGCUUUGGUAAUGUCCACAUUGAUGCACGAUGCUGAGAGAUUGGGAGAAAUCGUGUGGAAGUGUGGCGCGGAGGUUUUGGAUCGCAGGCCGAACACCAGGCAGGACCUCCUGCCAUACCUAAAGGGCCUGUUUCUUCGGCUAAAAGAGCACCGUGAGGAGCUCUUCCUGGAGAUUAUCUUGCUGAUGGUGCAUGACAAUAUGCUCAGGGAGGCGUAUAUCUUCUGUACAAGCAACAUCCAUCAGAAGCCGUUCAAGGACAACCCCAUGCUGCGUGGUUAUUGCGGUAUGCUUGCUUACCUGCUGUGGCUGGAGGACCAUCGUGCAGCAGAAGACACCCCUGCUGACAAUGCUUGCAGCCAAGAGAACUUCAACUCUAGCAGCUUUCCCUACUCAGGCUUUCAGAGCAGUCUUGGCUUUGACCUCAACCUGACGUCGGGUAUGAACAGCCUGGGUAGCAGCCAGCUAACAACAGCCUCUCCGAUGGUACGCGGUGCCACGGGCGAGACACAGACGCAGCUCCGCGACACGGCCAUGAAGCACUUCCAGUCGCUGGAAGACGUGCCCGGUAGCUGGGAUGCCUUCGUGCUGGCGUACGUUGAGCUCAUCGAGCAGGCGCAUCCCGACUCCUCCGAAGUUCGUCACGUCCUGGAAAUGUACAAGGAGACGAAUCCGACGUCGGCGAAUGCAAACUGCUUUCUAUGCAGUCACCUGAUACGUCUCUAUGAGAAACGCAGCUGCAGCAAGGAAGAGGUCCGUCACGCGUUCCUGUCGUUGAUCGAGGUGUGCCCUACCAGUGACCUCCUGCUCCAGUUCCCUCAGUUUGCCGAGUCUCCAGCCGAGGCGACGGAAACCGUGAUGCAGUUUCUAGACUACCCGCAAUGUGCCGGCUGUGCCUGCGGUUGGCAGCAAUUGGAGGACUGUCUCGUUGAGUUGAGGCGGGCUUCUGCUGCUGCUGGCGAUGAUGAGAAUGAUGGCAGUGAUGGCGGUGGAGGUGGUGGUGAUGGUGGUGGUGGUGGUAGCGGCGGUGGUUGUGUUCAGAACUUACCGGCAUGGACUGAAGACCGCGUGUAUUGGUGGCCGCAAUGCUACUUCAACCCGCUGGCUCCUUUCUCCCCAGAUGAGGCGGUGUUGCAAGCCUGCUGGCGAUGUCAAAAGUAUCUUCUUCCGGGGGAGGAGCAAAUGGACGCGACGGAUGGCGAAGGUGUUCGCCCUUCGUGAACACUCGAUGAUAGGGUAAUGCCUCGUUCAACACACCAUCCCUGGGCAUCCUGUUAGUCUUUCAAGCAUGCUGUUGACUUUGACCGCUGGAUUGGAGGUUGCUACCCAAAAGAGUAUUCACCGCCGAAAGAUGAAAUCACAUGUUGACGCUUCCUGCUCGAGAUUGGGAGGCGUGAGGAAAGACUCUCUUCCCUCUGCCCACAGACAAGUCCUUGAUGUGUGCAAUGAUCAACCAAGCAGGAUUGUUUGACACUCAUUGCUUCGCACCGCCGUGAAUGGAAGUGAUGGCAUCUGGUAGCAGCAAUCUACUCCUGCUUCUCGUGCACAUGGCAUCAUCGGAGAGGAGUUGGCUUGCAAAAGAGGAUGGGAACUGGAUACUGUCUCCUGUCUGGUUGAGGCAGUCAAUGGCUGGACUGUGACCUAAGCGAGACAGCAGCGGACUGUGUCGUGUGGUUUGUCAGCUGCUGCUACUUCUCAAUCAGCUCCUUGUAACACGGGACUAUUUGGAUUUUGUUCGAAACCGGCUGCUUGCUGUGAUGAUGGACUGGGAGGACAGCAAGCGUAGCCCUUGUGUGAAUUCUUCGGGACCAUGCUGUACUAUGUACAUGUACACGCUUACAGCUACUAUGUGUACUGGUCUGUGCCCUUAACCAACGUCCGGGAACCAUUGCUGUGGUGUCCUCAACAGCUACUUCAAGUAGGAUGGUUUUAGACAGGAUAUGAUCGGUCCCUGAGGACGUUGGUGACAACCUCGCACCUCAGCUUUUUUCCUGUUGCAGCAGCCAUUCUUUUUUCUUACAUUGUACUUGCUUCUAACCUGAACGUGUGCACCAUAAGAUUUGUUCUGAAAAGCUGACGAGCCAUUUUUUUUGUGAAGGAGUGAAAGAUACGCACACACUUGCUCUUUUUGUAUUGUUUGUGCUAUCAAGCCUAUCAUUAUCCUUUGCUGUGUGUGUGUGUGUGUGCGUGUGUGUGUGUGUGCACAUGCAUGUGUGUGUAUGUGUGCACAUGCGUGUGUGUGUGUGUGCGCGUGCAUGUGUGUGUGCAUGUGGGUGCACGUGUAUGUGUGUGUGUGCGUGUGUGUGUGUGUGUGUGUGUGUGUGUGUGUGUGUGUGUGCGUGCGCGCGCAUGUGUCUGCUUCAGUAAUAGGCGUUGGCACAAUACUUUGCGGCACUUUUUUAAUUUCUUCGUACUCAACUUUGAUUUAUACCAAGUGUACAUAAACAAGAGUGUGCAACUCAA